AUGGCCAACCUGCUGGACUUUGAGAUCUCUAGGGUCACUCCGGACCAGGUCAGGACAGUCAAGGACGCUGAGAAGCUCGUAGCCGUCUUGCAUGCAGCUACCAAAGAUGGCAUCUACGAGCAAUUUAAAUUGUCCUUUGCAGAAUGCUUCAAAGAUGUUGUGGUCUUCAACUCCGGGAUCUUCCAAAUUGCUCGUCUCAGGAAUGAUGCCGAAGAUCAAAUCAUAGGAGUCGCAUUCAUCAAAUUGCGCUUUGGAGGCUCUCGGGACCCUGGGUGGGACUUUGUGGCAACGAAACGCCAGGCAGAAGUCCACAACAAUAUCUUCGCAUCCGGACCUGAUAUGGCCCGGCCACUCUUGAGGGAAUUCACCGGUGAUCCAAUCUUGACGCGGUUUGCAGAAUGCGUCGAGGCUCGGGGACAGAGGUUGAUCGAGAUGGAUGAAGACAUUUUAGGUGAGCCUACAUUUGUUCCUCUGCAUCUGGCACGUCACUCACAAGCGAUAUAUCCCCCUGUAGUUAUUGAACCGGUUUACAUUUUGCCUCAGUAUCAGCAUGUCGAAGGUCUAGCAAAAGCCCUGUUAGCACCAGUCUUGGAGCGGGCCAUCGCACAGAACGUGAGGGUCGUGGCAUACAAUCACCGGCAUCGUCAUGACUAUUCGCACCCUACUCUUUUAGCGCCCGAGUUUCGACUUUUGUAUGCGGAUAUUCGAGUCGUGGUACACGUUGACACCAAAGAAACUCCGGGUUGGAAGGGCGAUGAAAUUACCUGGGACUGUGAAUUCCAGUGGUUCACUAUUGACAACAUGCGGCCUUCAACGAACCUUGUAACAGUCGAGAGUUUAUGA